UUGCUGAAGAAUAUUAUAAUACUACGUAGUCACUAUUCCUAAUGUGUAAGCAGAUAUUUGUUAGACAUCAGCAAAACAUCAAUAAUUAACCAUUUAGGAAAUUUUUAUUAAUAGAUUCUAUGUUGAACAAACUGCUUGGCAGUGGAAGCUACCAAUCGUUUGACAUGCGCUGCAUGGUAACUGGCCAGUUCGCUACUGGGAAAUCAAGUCUAGUCAAGCUUUUAGUUGGGGAUAAUGUUCCAGAAGGGCGACAUGCGACUGAUGGCAUUUCCCUCGUUGAAGGUCGCUGUGGACUUGAUAUAGAGACAAGAAACUGGAUCAUGAUUGAUCCAGGAACAUAUAAUGCCUUGGAUGUAGUAUACAAUAAGGUCUUAAUGACCUCUGUUGAAAAGGAUGAAAGAAAACAAACAAAAACAUCAGGAAAACAUAAAUCUGAUGCAAAACUUUUUGAACUUCCAAAUAAAGACGAUAUUCAUUCUCAGAAGACAGAAACUACCAAGUCAACAUAUUUUCCUGUGAACCUCUCAGGUGAACCCACUACACAGCCACAAGCUACCAAGUCGACAUAUUUACCUGUGAACCUCUCAGAUGAACCUUCUACACAGCCUCAAUCUACCAAGUCGACAUCUUUCCCUCUGAACCUCUCGGUUGAACCCUCUCAGCAGCCACAAGCAGCCCAAUCUUUGUCACAACAGAUUUCCUCUAUUGAGUCUAAAAAACAGCAAAUGAAGAAGAAAAUGACAACUAAAAUUACCAAAAACGAAAUGAGAAAGAAAAUGGAAGAGGUUAUCGAAACUGGUAAAUAUGAAAUGAAAGUUGGCCGACUCAUCUUCUGGGACUUUGGUGGACAGUAUGUUUAUUAUACAACACACCAGACAUUCAUGACUUUCAGAGCGUUGUUUUUAGUAGUAUUUGAUGGAAGUAAAGGAUUGAAUGAAGAAAUCCCUGAUGUACUGUGUUUUCCAGGGCAGCACAUGACACCAACACCAGCAGUCUUUUUACUGCACUGGGUAAACUCAAUCCUGACCUAUUGUAAGGUGGUGUAUGCUGGCAUCCCUAAGAUCUUGUUUGUUGCCACCCAUAAGGACAAGGUACCAGUGGAGGAUGUUGAAACCAGACGAGCACUAUUGUACAGUGAGGUAGAGGAAUUAUUUAAAGACCACGAGGGAAGAAAUCAUCUUGUCCUUGACAAACAAAUAUUUGUCAAUGCAACUGAUAAAGAUGAUAUAGAAAUUAAAUCAUUAAAGAAAGCCAUCACAGAGCUUACUUUCGAUCAUCCAUGUUGGGGAGAGGACAUGCCGAACGCUUGUGUUCCCCUUGAACUGGAGAUUGCUGAAAUGGUAGCUUCAGGAAAGCAAAUCUUGUCAUUGGUAGAACUUGAAGAAUUGAAUUCAAUCAGCAAGGUGUCCGUUCUGAAUUUAGAUCAACUUCAUGAUUUCUUACACUUCCAACAUUCCCUUGGCAAGAUCAUCUACUUUAAUACCCUUCAGCUCCGAGAUUAUGUUAUAAUUAACCCGCUUCUCAUGGUGGAGGUUAUGAGAUCAUUUGUGACAGACAUAGGAUUUUGGCCAAAGAAAAGAAGAAUGCAGGUAAUAUUCAGUAGAAUGUCAGAAAGUGGAAUCAUACACCGAGAAGACCUGUAUCAGAUUUGGGAACAAAAGGAUUUCCGUCCAAUUUUACCGUACAAAGAGUUUAUAUUCAACAUCCUCAUUCAUUUAGAUAUUCUGGCAGAGCAAAGAAGAUAUGACACAGGUACAGGAAGUCGGUUACCAGUAGAGAACUUCUUUGUUCCCUGUAUGGUUACAGAAAGAAACACAACCAGCUUUAUGGAAAAAGAAUGUACACCAGAGAAAGCAAUAUGUCUAGCCUUUGUUUUUAAAGGAACUGUCAUACCACCAGCUUUGCCCAAUCGUCUGAUCAGUGCGUGUCUGAGCAUGUGGACUCUGAAGCAAUAUGAAGGGAAAAAACUCCUUUUUUCAGGAUUUAUUGUAGUAUCAUUUGACAAGGCACAUGAUGUUGUAGUAUGUGUCGAAGGCAACCAGAUUCUUCUUUAUCUCGUCCAUAAAACCUCGGCUGGACUUAUAGUACCAGAUAUUGCCACCGCAGUAAAGGAAUGCUUGUUUACAACAAUGGAGAGAAUAUCAGAUUUCUAUCAGUCCACAAUCCAUGUAAAACACGGCCAACAAUUACCUUUCCAUAUUGAAUAUUCAUGUUUUGAAUUGAAAUGCUUCAUAAGUGAAGAGGCAGCUUUGCAGAUCAGUGAAUGGGUUUGUGACAAACAUAAACUUACACACAGACAAGGAAACUGGGUUGUUUGGAAUCAAGAUAAGAUAAAAGAACAGUGUGAACUUCAUUGUCCAGGUUUACAAGAUAGUGCCUUAAAUCAAAUUCCAAGUGACGUUGAACUUCAUCGAUUAGCAGCAGGAUGUGACGAAACCACAAUACGAGAGUUGGCCAUACAUAUUGGUAUGACUCUUCAAGAUUGGGAUACACUUAGUUCUAAUAAUGCUCGGAUUGAGAUUGUAAAGUAUAGAAUACUGGUCAACUGGCGGGAAAAAUACUCAGGAAGAUUUAACAGUAUAGCAAAAGCUUUAACAGAUAUGGACUUACCGGUCCAUACACUAUGUCAGGUUAAAAGAGAAAGAAGAGCAGAGACAGACAUUCCUUUGGAAUAUCUAGAUUGUAUACCGACGGAUGAGAUACUAGAUAAACUAGCACCCCAAAUUGGUCAAGUAUAUUUUCAACUUGGCGCUGCUAUUGGGUUGUCAAUUGGAAUCUUGGAAAAUAUUCAGAGCAAUAAUCCCAGAGAUUUAGCAGCUCAGAAUAGAGAGGUAUUAUUCGCAUGGAGAGAAGACAAAACAGUGAAACCUACAAUACAAGUACUGGUACAGGCUUUAGUUAACAUUGGGAGAGGAGCUCUUUGUUUACAGGAAGUUUUAACGAAUGUUGAUCAUAAUACCCUUAGAGAAUCAGAAAAAGUGAGAGAUAAAGGUGCAAUAUCCAAGAAAUUAAACAAAUGUUCAAUAGCUUGAAAGCGGUUACCACAGAGUACAGUUACAACAACAAUG